AUGGUGACGUUUUCCGACCGGGGGAAGAAGUCAGGAGGAUCCAAAAUACGAAGAGCAACCAACUCGACUUCCUUCACUUUCGCUAGCUUGGAUUCGGACACUGAAUACGAACUCGUGAUCGGACUCUACAGUGGCAUCGCGAGAGAGCCAAAGUUUUUGGGAAGGCUAUGGCCUUUCAAGACCCUAAUUAGCGCCCCGCUAGCGCCUAUACUGUCGUUGGAGGCGACAGCAAUCCGAGAAAUAAAGGUCAAGUGGGACCUUCCUCGGCAGUCGAGUCAUGCUGACAUUUACGAUGUUAGCCACACGCUCCGCAAGUAUGAAGCUUGCAAGAACCAUGUCACCCAACCUGCAUCUCAAGCCCACCAUACAGCCACUGAAAUCUAUCUUAGGGACCUAAAGAGCUAUGCCACCUAUGAAGUCUGUGUUGUGGCGAGGAAUGACGGUGGUUCAGGUCCUGCAGCUUGUUCCUCUGAAACCACACUGCCAACCGCUCCUGAAAUUCAACUUCAAUCUCAAUGCCGAUAUCAUUCUACCAGUUAUCUCAGCUGUCAAUUAGUCGGCACGUGUUCACAGCACAACGGACCCAACGCACGAGCCGAGUUAAUCACCGAGACUUUCUUGGAAUGCGAGAACAAGUCCCUGAAAGAGGAAUACAGUCAGAAUUUAGCUAGCAAUUACAUCGAUUUUUUCUUAAAAAGUAAUUUGCUAAAAGGGGCGACCUACACUGCUACUGUUACUUUCAAGAAUGAUGCUGGCACUGGGCUGGAAUCGACAAGUUCAUUCACGACUUCCUCAGCAAGGGCUCCCAGGGUGAAGGAUCUGGUGGGAGCAGCCCUGUCUUCCCGCGAGAUCAGGUUGAUGUGGAAUGACCCGUGCCCGCCGAAGGGGAAGAUCACCAGUUUUGUGUACAGAAUUUAUUCAACUUGGACCUCUAUGAAUGCUGUACCUUGUACGUCUGUGCCUAAGUUUGAUCGAUGUAUCGAACUUGGAAACUUGGCGGUCAACACAAAUUAUACUUUUGAGGUCGCGGCUGUUAACAUUGUUGGAAGAGGCUACACUGAGAAAGUCAGUGUUUCUACCAUCGAGGCCAAACCCGGACCUCCAUCUGGUAUAUCGACCAUUCCAGGAGAGUCCUCCAUCGAGGUACUUCUCCAGUUCCCCGUGGCGCCCGGUGGCCUUCUGCUGAACUUCACCACAGGACUGGCAGAUGGACAGUACUCAUGUUGGGACAAUAUCACGAGAGAAUCACGUGGUCCUGCUGUAUGUAAGUUUCAGAAUCUGGAACGAGGGAAGACUUACACUGCGAGAGGUUCCUUCUGCAAUUCAGCAGGAUGCGGGCCGAGCUUGGCGCAGGCCGUGGCCACACUGCCCAUCCCGCCCAGUUUCGCAGGGGCCCUGGGCGUGCUGGCCAAAACCGACACCAACAUCACGCUGUCGCUGCCCGGCAUUCAGACACAGGGCGACGGGGAAAGCUCGCUCAUCGUUUUGGUCCAACACAUACCAAAAGAAGAAAUCUCCGCCUAUAGAAAGGAAAGCUUCGUGGAAUUAUAUGCGAAGCUCAUGGAGAGACAUCGGGCCAGAGCUGUUUCUGAGGCGCAGGGACCGGAGACCCAUCGAGACCCGAAUGAAAGGGACGCUGAGGCCGAGGAACCCCGGGGGUCUUUCCGUCAGAAACGGCGCGUGGAGGCCGACUGCAAAAACAGGGACGGCGAGUACAUAGCUGGCAUCUUCGAUAAUGAGCACCAAAAGGAAUUCGUCAUUGGAGGAGAAGAUUCUGGUUAUGACAACUGCCCCCUCACGCCGGACGACUUCUACAUGAUUGGUGCUGUUGCAAGGGUCGACCUCUUGGACCAGCAAAGCUACGCUGAGACAUCUCUCGGGGCCCCUGUUAAGGCGGAGUUCGAUGUGACGAGCCCGCUGGCAAUCACGGCUCUUGUCUACUGGUGUGAACACACAAAUGGGUUUAUAUUGAGGGUCAGACGUCUGAGACGUCGCUUCGGGGGAGGGAUGACUGAUGGCCUCAGAUGA